AUGGCUACAAACACGGACGAAACCAACAUUAUUGUCAUCGACGAUGAGGCCUUACCACGAAGAAAGAAGCGCAAGAGAGUUAAUCAUCCUAAUGGAAUCCCUCCUCAUCAAUCGCCGUCAGAUUCGUCCGACGGGAACAGCAGCGAUUCAUCAGAGUCUCCUCCAUUAUCAGACAGGCCUUACAGACCUUGGCUAUACUACGACACAUUAACACCCAACAAUAUGGGACCACGCCUGACUUUGUUCUACACGCGCUUGCUUGACUUUCAGAAACACAAAGGAAUUAUCUCAAACACUCUUCGGAGCCAUUUCCAAAACUCUAGCGAUCCUAUUUCCAAGUCACUUGAUGAUGAAGCCUUUUAUGAACCUACAUGGAAGGAGCCACGCCAAGAACGAAGGCUUCUGCCCAUCGUAAAGGAAAUCGUUCAAUCCGCUGAAAAGUGUUGUAGCCAGGAGUUUGACAAGACGGGAUGGAAUUCCCUUGUCUAUACCCCAAUCCUCAGCGCUGCUCUUCAAAACAUGAUGCCUUAUCCUGACAGGCAGGGUGUUGAUUUUGCACCGUGUGAAAGAGCAGCUAUUAGACUGGUCUAUGAGAAGUUUUCAAUUGCCAAACCACAUGUUGACUUCAUGUUGUACAUGGUUCCAUCAGCAACGAACGAUCGACUGGCACACAAGGCCUUGCUCAAACGUCGAGACGAGCACGGAUCAGUAAACUUCACGCCCUUUAGACCGACAUCAAAGUACCCGGUAGGUCUGACUAUCAAGUCUAAAGAUGGUGAGAAUCGUUUGAGUCCCGAAGUUCAUCUGUCAGCUUGGCAAGCAGCACAAUGGAGAUCUCUAUGCGAAAUGGCUGGUAGUGAUAUCAAAGGACUCGAAUUUCUGCCGGGUAUCAUUGUUGACGGGCACGAGUGGAAGUUUAUUGCAACGACAUGGAAAAACGGGAGAACAACCCUUUUGUCUAGCCUCCCUCUUGGUUCGACUACCACGGAAGUCGGUGUUUACCGUAUCAUGGCCGGAAUCAAGUUGCUCAGCAAGUGGGUUGUGUAUGUCUUUUGGCCGUGGUAUCGGGAAUUUUGUCUCGGUCUGGAACCGAUGGAGCAGAAUUCUCAAUCCACGUCACAACCAGGCAUGCCACAAUCAGGUAUGCCACAGCAAGGUAUGCCACAGCCAGGCAUGUCACAGCCAAACAUGUCACAGCCAAACAUGUCACAGCCGGGCAUGUCACAGGGUGAGGCCUCUAAUGAUGUGGGGAGUAGUUCUCAAUCUUGA